GAAGUGUUUCCUUGUUGCACCAAUGGCCCUCGUGUUGCUAUGGUUACAUCAACACAACUAGGAAGGUUUGCUGCCAGUUGGAGGUCCAACGCGAGCUAAAACACAUGUAAAUGGACAUAAAACGAGACCGACUUCAGCAUUUUCCGGCGAGGACAGCUUCUAACACUGUUUAAAUUUAGCUAACUUCGCUUCUGGGCUUUUUUUUUUUUGGACGUUUAUUAGCUCACGAAAGUUGUGUGGCAGGUUGCGACCGCUAACUUCAUCCGCCUCUAAGUUAACUAUAUUUCUCUCCUCGUAAUCAUCAUGGAGGUUGGAGAUAAGCUGAAAGAACUAAACAUGACAGUGGAUGAAAUCGACAGGUUGUCAAAAGCUCUCAAAGACGAGAAAUUCAGGGAAAUGCUGCGCGAUUACGCCCAAGAAUUAGCAGACCCUGAGAAUAAGAAAAGGUAUGAAGAGGAGAUCAAACUUUUGGAGCAGGAAAGAGGAAACACGAUUGAAUUUAUCCACCCGGAACCAUUUAGGGCUCUCAGGACGAGUGUGAACAGCAAGCAGAAGUGUUUUAUCAAUAUCUGUGCCAAUGAAAAAGUUGGAAAGCCUGAAAGUAAAUGGGGGGUGUCGGAGGAAGGCCGCAGAGGACAGUGCUGGUCCCUGCCUCACAGUCUGCACCCAGGGAGGCAAGACACAGACCCAAAGGGGAACAAGAUCAUGAUCUAUGAUGUUAUUUUCCACCCCGACACUCUCUACAUUGCAAGCAAAAACAAGAGAUUCAUGGAUAUGGUGGACACCACCGCCAUGCAGGGAAUCCAGAAUGCUUUCAAAGUGACUCUGGAUAAAAACAAUGUGAGAGAGAUGAGUACAAAAUACAAAGGCACCCCGCAGCCUUGUGUCAUCCGAAAACCCAUACCUGGGUAUAAAACCAAGGGGCCCUCAGAGAAGCCCGACCCUCUCGCAUUCCCAUACCCAGAUGACCAAAGACCUACCACACCCUCGCGAACCAAGCCUACAGAAUCCCCUGCGACAAAAAACAGCAGUGAUGCUAAACCUAAAAGCUUCCAGAUCCAGCCUCCGAAAACCGAAGAGCCAACCAAGCCAAACUACACAGUAAAAUAUCGAUCUUUUAUUGAUAUACAGGACUUCAGGUGUUCUAGAGACUCAGCCCAAAGCCCCAGGCCCAAAGAGAUAGUAGUUACCAUCGAUUUGCCACUUCUAAAGAUGGUCGCAGACGCCAGCCUUGAGGUAAAAGAGGGAAGGCUGCUGCUGGAGUCCAAGAAACCAGCCUACAGACUGGAGCUGCCCUUAUCCUACCCUGUGGAUGAAGAUAAAGGAGAGGCCAAGUUCAACAAACAGAGAGGACAGCUUACAGUCACACUGCCCGUUCUUCCUUCUAAUGAAGCUUUUGAUUUCGCUGUAGGGCCUGCUGCGAGUGUUAGUGAUGGUGAGAGGCAGGAGGAAAAAAGUGAGGUCGAAGAGGAGGAGAAAUGGAAGCAGAAGGAGUGGGAAGGCCAGAACAGUGCGGAGGAGGAGAAAAGAGGCGUUGAGGGAGAAAGAGACACUGAAGAGGAGGAUUUGAAGCAGCAGACAUGGGUUGAGAAAGGUGAAGAAAAGAAAGAACAAGGUCGGGAGAAAGGAGAGGAGCAGAUGAGGGGAGGCCAGGAAGGUGUAGCGGCAGAAGAAAGGGUAGUGGGUGAGAAGGAAAAAUUGAGAAAGCAGGAGAGGGAAGGGAGAAAUAGUGAAGUAGAGGAAAUUGGUGUGGGGGUGGCAAAAUGGAAGAAGCAGAUAAGAAAAGGCCAAGAAUGUGUGGAGGACGAGAAAUUGCAGGAGAAUGAGAAAGAAGUUGGAAAAUUUAACCCACAGAAAAGGCAGCAACAUGAAGAUAAAGGGAUGAAUGAACAUAACACUUUAAGGGAAGAUGGAUGUGACACAGCAGUAGAGAAAAGGGAUUCUGGUGUAGCAAGUUUUCAGUGUGAUACUGUUGACCAAUGCAUGGACGUUUCUGCCGAAGAAGAAAACUCAUGCGUGGCUUCACCUGAAUCAGAAAACCAGCCUGUUUUAAUCACUGCUGAACAUAAAACUUGCAAAGGAAAAGAGGGCGAAGUAAAUCUGAACUCUGAAAUGAAAACUUCAGACAUCAAAGAAGAGACUGAAAAGACAAAAGAGACUCUAGAUGGAAAGGUGGAAACAGAUGCUGCAUUUCUACAUCAUGGAUCCAGUGAGGAGUCCCAGACUACUAUCGCUGCCGUGUCUUCCACACCAGCUAACACUCAAAGCCAGAACAACAUAAAGGACUGCUGCAUUUCCCAGGGGACUGAAGAGUCCAGCAAGGGGCCUGCGACAGAUGAAGCGAACAGGUCAAGCAGAGGAGGUCCAGGCAGCAGGGUCACCCUCCGGUCUGAGGAACUUGCCACGGGCUCAGUAAAGCCGGAGGAGAGGGAGAACGUAGACGAAGAUGACCUGCCGACAGAGCAAAUCCUCCAAAACCCAGAGCACGACAGCGAGCCACCGCCCGUGUUAUUAAGGGAAAUUGAUAAAGAUGGAAACGAAACGAUCAUCAGCGAUCAUUCCACAUCUGCUGGGAUCAUCUUCCAAAACUCUCUGAUAUAUGAGCUGGACUGAGGACUGUGUGCAUGGGUUCAGAGAAGGUUGUCAUUUUUUAAAAGUGGUUUUAUAUGCAGGUUUUAUCAGUUAAGUCUGUCCAAUGAGAUUAAAUGAUGUUCAUAUUUCACAUUCCUACAGUCCAUUUCUACAAUUGAAUACAUGACAAAAAUGACACAUGAAUCAUUUCAAUGUCCCAGAAUAAACUACUUAGGACAUCAUAAA